UCCACGCGUUAUAAACAGUUUAUAAACAAUGAUAUCUGCUGUGCCUGUAACUUGUGGUCUUUGACUGUCAGUUUAUCCGUUUAAUGAUGUAGAAAAUAUAUCCACCACAUUUAAUUGAACAAUUCGUCGUUACUGGGGGGGUAACUGUUGUGGAACUAGACUUCUCAUAGGUCACUGUACGGACGGAAGAAAUAUACGUUCGCACACAAAUCGGCAGGGUGUAUGUCUGACAUCGGGGACAGCGGAUUUUUACUUAUUUAUAACAACAUUUAAUUCCGAUUUGAAAAACAAGAGAUAGUAUAGAGAUGUUCUCUGCGCAGAGGCAGUGAUUUUGAUGAGACAUUAACAGUAUAUGACUUUCUACACAAGCAACUCCGUGCUAAACAGGCAGAUAAGAUGUUGGCUGGUAUAUUUAGAAGACCCAUCCUUACUGCUCACAAGCAGAUGUCCUGGCUGUCUGCUGGUGCCUCAGCCUGGGUUUCUGAUGUCUCUUAUAGUUCCUGUCCCCUGUGGCCCUGCAGGGUCUCCUCGGCCAGGCUGCUCCCUAAAAUAAGUGAUGCUGUUGGUCUAUUGAGGACGCAGUACUUCCACAGCUCUGCUGCGAGGCUGAAGAAACGACAACAACCAGAGCCUCCACCCAGAGAGUUGGACCUGCUCCGUUAUGACAUGAGAGACCUGGGAAAGAGCCCCAAACCAGCGCUGUACCUGAGCCUCUCCAGCCUUAUCCCUUUCAUCGCUGCCCCGCUCGUCAUGGCUGUGACCGAGACCUACCUGCCAGAAGUGGCCUUCGCCCAGGUGGCCUAUGGAGCGUCUAUCUUGUCUUUCCUGGGCGGUGCGCGGUGGGGCUUUGCCAUCCCGGAGACUAGCCCGGCCAAGCCAGACUGGAUCAACCUGGCCAAUAGCGUGGUUCCGUCCCUGUUAGCCUGGCUGGCCAUGCUGUUCAGCGACACUAUUACCCCAGCAGCUAUGAUGGUCAUCAUGGGGCUAGGCAUCUCCCUACACUAUGACCUGUCUCUGCUGCCCACCUACCCCAGCUGGUUCAAAGCCCUGCGUACUAUACUGUCGGUGGUGGCCUUCCUCUCACUGGUGGCCACACUUGUUCUCAAGGGAGUUUACCCGGAGAAGAUUAUAUUUUCAGAGCAAUGAAUUCAUGCUACAGAGUACAGACACAUUUGUAAUUGAACAUACUUUAAGUGUGAAUGGAAAGAUCUAUAAAAUGGUAAAGAGUUUAUGAUGGCAUAUGUUUGUUUGUUUUAUUUAUGGUACUUAAAAAUGGCUGACUGAUACUAAAUGUGUAUCCUUUAGGCUCUGGUUCUGGCAAUACUGUAACAAGCAGGUGGUACGUUUCAGACAUCUGCUGUAUAUCCAUGUGGUGGUUUGUCAGUGUCAUGCAUUAUUAUUGCAGAUAAUAAAACAAUGGAAUGGCGGCGUGACCAGCCUCAGCCUA